UCCGCGAGAUAAGAUUACGCGCCGCUAUCCGGCAACUGUGUCGACUCCUGUCCUUAUACACCUCCUUCCCUAAAAGAGGACGGAACUCUUGACAGAAUCAGGUGAUCGAGUCUGACUUAAAAUAGAGGCAGAGACAAGAGCGAGAAGCAGCGACCUCCUACCCAAACCGAACUAAUAAAAUGCAUUCUGACUCCAGCUCGAGCAGAUCUUCCUCACCAGACAUGGUUGGAAUGCAUAUCCGAGACCACCUGAAUUCAGUGUCUUCGACGCAGAACGAACUCCUCCAGAAGAUGACGAGUGAGCACCUUUCCAGGCACGGAGAAAAGACCUCUCCGGGUGGAAGCAAGUACAAACUUAAGAAGCAGGUGACUGAGCAAGAGAUCCAACAUUUAAGGCUGAAAAUUAACGGGCGGGAGCGCAAGAGGAUGCAUGACUUGAACCUGGCGAUGGACGGCCUCCGGGAAGUCAUGCCUUACGCACACGGUCCCUCCGUGAGAAAGCUGUCCAAAAUUGCCACUCUCUUGCUGGCCAGAAAUUACAUCCUGAUGCUCAAUAGCUCCCUUGACGAGAUGAAGAGGCUGGUUGGAGAAAUCUAUGGCGGACAUCAUUCGGCGUUCCACUGCGGGACUGUGAGUGGACACUCCGGCAACCCGGCGCAUCAGGUGCAUCCACUGCUCGGGAGCGCGCUGUCCUCGUCCACAUCCUCUACCAUCACCACCACUUUACCGGGACUUACCUCAAUCAGAGCGCCUCACUCCCUAAUGAAGAGUGCCCCUGCGCCCCCGCUUCAACUCGGCAGUGGUUUCCAGCACUGGGCAGGUUUACCAUGCCCGUGCACCAUAUGCCAAGUACCUCCACCUCCUCAUAUUCCUAUCAGUUCAGCCGGAAUGACGAGACUUACAAGCGAAAACAAGGACGUGAUGAAAUAAUUCGGGUUACACGAUGGUGUCAACGUAGGCUAUACAUUUUAAACUGGACAUGAACUGACAUCCAUGCAUGCAUUGUUUGUCUGUUUGUUUGCGUAUACGAAAAACCAUAAAUAUCCUCCUUGUAACAAGGAUCAUGUGAAAAUACUUUUUUUCUAGGUAAAGAUUUUGCUGGUUAUUUGGUGUCACUUCAGAUACGGUUCAAAGUGUAAAUACAUAUUGUUACAAGACUGUGAAGAAGAAAAAACGUCUCAAACAAGCUGAAUGUAACCUUAUGUUUGGAGCACUGACUGUGAUGUUAGAAUAACGUGCUGAACCUGCUGACUCGAAUGGGGGAAGAAAGUUGCAUGCAGAUUUAAUAGUUUUGUUUUUGGCAUCAUUUGUGAAAGUGAAGAAUGUCCUUUCCUUGUAACAAGGAUGGUGAAAUCGCAUUCUACAGUGUAUGCACAUUUUAUUAUAAUACAGUAUAUUUAGUUCGAAAAUGUUAAAAUGAUAUGGCUCUUGAUGACUCCAUAGAAUUCUGAAAAGCUUUGUGGCGUAAUUCUGUGUCCAUCUGUAUUUUUCACUUCUUUAGCAUGGCUUCAGAACAACUACAAAGCAUGAUUGUUUUUGCUGAAAUAAUUUGUUAUGCCCAGAGACCCCGUGUCUUUAUUUUUGUACAUUCUUGAUGAUUGAUGACAUAUUUAUUAAGCCCAGUAUUCCUGGAUGAA